AUACACACACACACAUACACACAUACAGCAGGAUCUCCAGGAAAAAUCUCUGUCUUACUCUUUCCAUUUCUUUUUCUUCAGUAUUACGCAACCCAUUCUUUCAUCCUCUUUUCCCUCCUUAUCCUGUCCCCUCCCUCUUUUUUUCUCCCUCCAUUUCAACUUUGCAAUAUUAGUAUCAUAGAUUUUUUUUAAUGAAUACUUAAUACCUUCUCCCUCUGACACCCCCUCCCUUGCUCCCUCCCUCGCUCCCUCCCUCCCUCCCUCUCCCUUCCACUCUCCAUCUCUGUCUCUUUUUUCACCACCUGUUAGUCCAGACCCCCUUGCUCUGGGAUUUGCUCGUGUAUGAAGGAGUUUUCACACUCACGCUAUCACCAAGCUCUAUGACGGUACGCAAAGGGAAAAAACUCACCAUCUCUAUCCAGGAACACAUGGCCAUUGACGUCUGCCCUGGCCCCAUCCGGCCAAUCAGACAGAUCUCCGCCUACUUCCCUCGUCUCUCCCCCACGUCCGCCGCCGCCGCCGAGCCUCUCUCUCCCAACCCGGCCGGUUUCCCAUCAGCCCUCAGCCCAGGGGGCGGGGCCUCAGUCAUGGGGGGCGGGGGCCUGCUGUCCCCUAUGCUGCCCGGAGCUACAGGAGGCGGGGCUCUGUCCGUGAUGGGCAGCGUCGACACCUCGGUGGAGAUUGACAGUUGCGACAGUGACGACAACACAUUUUUAGGUACCCUGGAGUUCAGUCUUCUGUAUGAAAGAGCUACAAGCACCCUGCACUGUACUGUGAUCAAAGCCAAGGGCCUGAGACCGAUGGAUUUCAACGGGCUGGCUGAUCCCUACGUCAAACUGCACCUGCUUCCAGGAGCGUGCAAGGCGAACAAGCUGAAGACCAAGACGGUCCGUAACUCUCUCAACCCCACGUGGAACGAGACCCUGACCUACCACGGGAUCACCGAGGAGGACAUGUGCCGGAAGGUACUCAGGGUGUCGGUGUGUGACGAGGACAAGCUGACUCACAACGAGUUUAUUGGGGAGGCGAGGAUUCCACUGCGGAGGGUGAAGCCAGAUCAGCACAAGCACUACAACGUCUGCCUGGAGCACCCCCCUCCCCUUCCCUCUCCCACUGCCAUGAGUACAGCACUGCGGGGGAUCUCCUGCUACCUGAGAGAGUGGGAGAAUGAGAUGCAGCGGAAUCUGGAGGAACGGGGGCGGCUCCUGCUCUCUCUGCAGUUCCUGCCUCCGGCCAACGAGGAAGAGGAGGAGGAAGAGAAAGAGGGAGGAGCCAGGGAGGGGCGGCGGGGCAGGCUGUGUGUAGGGGUCCGAAGAUGCGCCCAUCUGGCCGCCAUGGACGUCAACGGAUUCUCCGACCCCUACGUCAAGACGUACCUGAAGCCUGACCUGCACAAGAAAUCCAAACACAAAACGGCCGUCAUUAAAAAAACACUCAACCCAGAAUUCAACGAGGAGUUCUUCUACGAGAUCUCUCCGUCAGAGCUGAGCAGCAAGACUCUGGAAGUCACAGUCUGGGACUACGACUUGGGCAGGUCGAACGACUUCAUCGGGGGCGUGUCUCUGAGCUGUCACUCACAGGGAAACGCACUCCGCCAUUGGCUGGACUGUCUGAACAACAAAGGAAAGCGAGUGGAGAGAUGGCACACGUUGACCAACAACCUGCCGAGAUCCACCUAUCACGACUGAAGCCACCGGACACGUUGCGUUUCGAUUGGCCCAUUCCUCCCUGCCCCUUGGGGGGGGGGGAGCAUUUUGGGCUGGUCUGCAUGCGUAUGUACGGACAGAUGCCGUUUUUUUUACCUGCGUGUCCUCCACCACCUGAUGCACUACAACGAAAUACUUAUGCCUUUUAACUUUCUACACGUCCACACAUUGACAAAACUCAAUAAUUACGCUUUCCCCGAUGAUGUUUGUCGCGCCGUGGAGAGCGCUAUACGAGUGAAAGGUGCUACGCCAAUUAAAUCCGACUCAAAUGACUUCAAAUCCAUUCCUUUAUCCCUAAAUAAUGCUGCCCAACGCUGCCUACGGCACCCUUCCGACAAUAACAGUAAGAUUACCAUCAAGCAUUAGGCCAGAUAUUAUCAUUAGCCAAUCACAACGGAGCACUCCCCAUUAUGAUACUUCACUGGUAAUGGCCAUCAUUAUAGUAGACUCUUCCAUGUGGACUGUUUGUGCUCAGAAUCUUAAAAAUAAGUGCGUAGUGGACUAUUGGCGUGUUCCCUCUUUCUUUCUCUCUCUCUCUCUCUCUCACUCACUCGCUCGCUCACCUUGUUUUCUUCUUUUGCUCUACCACUCGUCCUUUUCCUCACUCUGCUUCUCUGUGCCAUUGCGGAAUGCCUUCAGCACUCUUCAGUUCAAGAUAAAAAAAAUAUAAAUAUACAUACAUAUAUAUACUGGUGUAUAUAUAAAAAUCACUGUCAGUAUAUUACUGUUGUCAUAUUAUUGAAAUGAUACAAAGUAUUCCAUCCUUUGAAUGCGAAAUGGAUGUUUUGUGCUCAAAUGUAAUAAUAAUAAUAAUAAUAAUAGUGAUAAUAAUAAUUAGUAAUAUUGAUAUUGUUAUUAUUAUUAUUACAGCACAGUAAUAAAGUCUAUAUCCUCAUUAAAGUGAGCUGCAGUUCUCCAGAAGUGCCCGUGCUGCAUGGGGCACUCGUUCCUUGUAUCAGCCGAAAAGAAACACUGUCCGAUUCCCACAUCUCUCUUCCUCCCGCCGGCGAGCCAGUGCGCCGCCCGCAACGCAUGCCUUCGUGUACGAGUGCCACUUUCUAACUAUGCCAGUUGAGUGUUUACAUCCACGGUUUUGGAUCGCGUCCCGUUCCGCUCGGGGGAAGCGGCAAUGUUUACCUUUUUACCAGGUGUUUCUGUACAAUAUUAAAUAAAUUUGGAAUGCGGUACGUA